CGCAAAGCCAUGACCGACGUCCCUUAUCUGCAGCGCCGAGUUGAAGAACUCGCUUUGGAAGACGAGGUGAAGCAGCGCCCGUGGGAACAAUCAUUUAAGCACGCUACUGGCACUGACAAGGAGCCUCCUGUCGUAGAUGAUGAUGAUUCUCCAAUGGAGCUGCAGCAAAACGAAGAUGAGGGUAGCGGUGCCGAAGAAGAUAGUGAUGUAGAAGAAUAUGAAGCUCCAGAAGAUAUCGAUCCAGUUAUGUUAACCGAAAAGUUGUUAGAGGGUUAUUAUAAUGAUGCUGGUCAAACAUCUUCUGGAUUUUGUGCUGCUUGUGUUGACAAUGAAGUCUGCAAAACUUGUGGUCACAAGAAUGGCCUCCCUGCUGAUUAUAAUCCAAUGAAUUGUGUAGUUUGUGGUACCACUGAUGAGCAUGAGAAUGGAUCUUGUCAAAUUCAGGAUUUCCUUUUGGUAUGGGAAAAGAUCAUUCAUCGAGCAACUUGAAGAAAGGGAGAAGAUGAUGCUUUCAACAAGUAGGAAUUGUGGUGGCAUGGAUCAAGUGAUGACUGGAUAUGUUCGGCCAGCCUACUAAGAUGAAGAGAGCUAUCAUUUAUCUUUACGAAUGGUUUGAUUUUGCUGUGUUUCUAAUGAAAAAUAAUUUAUGUAUUGUGAAAUACGUUGACUGAAGCACUUCUAGGUGACUUAUUGUGCCCAGAAUUAAAUUCAACUUCAAGAAUUUAUGAGGGCAUUUUAUGUAUUAUCGUAAACACUGAAUGACAUCCUUGGUAAAUACAUUAUUGUAAAGGUUAAACU